AUGCAGACUGAGACAGACAUUGCUUCAGAUCCGGGACACUCUGACCGUCAGCCUGACGGCAAUUCUACUUUGCCUUGCAAGGAGCUCCCAGAUCCCAAACGCAUUCGUGUCUUGCUCGCUCAUUACUUUCAACAUUUUCACACUCUUCGAUGCUUCGCCUUCAUCCAUAAGACUUCGUUCCUCCAAAAACUAGAUGACGACUUGGCUGCAAGGGCUCACAACAAGUCCUCGUUACUGCACAUGAUGUGUAGUAUCGGAGCACAAUUUUAUGCUCUGGAAUACAGUGAAACAGUUGAACAGUUCCCACCCAAGACAAUCCUAGCAGCUGGGAGCCAGUGGGCGGCAACAGCUAGAAGCCUCCUGCUUGGCAGUUUCGACCAAAUAUCUGUUGAGAACUUGAUGACAGCUCAGUUGCUGUACGAUUAUUCCCUUCGAAUGGCAAAUUACACCCAAGCUUUCAUGCUCAGCGCCCUCAUGACACGGAUGACCCACGCUCUCCAGAUCAAUCUUGAAUACACUGACGACAUUCUUGGGCACCAUGUCGAUUCCAACUCACUCUCAGUAACCGCCCGUGAAUCUCGUCGCAGGCUAAUGUGGAGCUGCUACAUUACGGACGCUCAAUGCGGGAGUGGCGUCGAUCAACUCAUGCUUCUUGAAGACAAGGAUAUCAAGAUUCAGCUUCCCUGCGAUGAGCAAAAUUUUCUUCAAGAACGCCCUUGUAUCACGCGAAUGCUGAGCGGCUCACCGCUGCCUUUUGUUCCCGUGGAUCUCGUCUCUGCAAAUUCGACCAACACCAUCAGCAUAGCGGCAUACUUCAUCCAACAUAUCGAGAUUCGGAAACGUGUACUGAAGUACAUCAAACAUUUAGACCAAGCAUCUCUGCCUUGGCUCCCUGAUUCUGAGUUCCAUCUCUUCGACGAUGAACUUCAAACGUGGCAUUCGUCGCUCCCGGCAGAGAUUCAAUUCACGCCAUCCGUUAUCUACCUACGCAAAGAAUCAAAUGAACUGGGCGCACUGGCUCUGCUCCAUUGCGCUUACUACCAAACGAUGUGUGACCUGUAUCGACUAGGAGCCCCGGCCUUGUACAAGCUUCGAUCCGCUUUCUACUUUCCUCCCGAACAAGAUCAGUUCCUGAGACACCUUCAACUGUCACUCUUCAAAGCUGCGAGAAGUAUAGCUGCCAUCAUAGCGGAUGCCGCGCGGCAUGGGCCAGCAAUGGUCGCGGACACCUGGCUGCCCUCCAUCACGUACGACAGUAACCGGAUCAUGUUAUAUUACUUGACCAUCAUCUUUAACCCAUCGGACCAAGGCACGAAACAUCUUGUGAUCAAUACGAUUCCCUAUCUGCAGAGCAAUGUACAGGCUCUUAAGAUGAUGAGUGCCACAAACGCGGUCGCAGAAGACAUGUACCAUGCGUCUCAUUCUAUGCUUGAGAAACUUGGGGUUGCAUCCGACAGCAUCUCUCCUCAACCACAGCUUGUCCUUGACGAUCCGUAUCUCGCCAAUUUCGGCGCUGGGAGAGAUAGCACACCAGGAACCCCUUCCCAAACGGCCCCUGACUACGUCCUGAACCCGCUCUCGAUAUUCCGCAUGGCCCGUAGCGACAUUCCAGAACGGCAUGCUCCGGAAAAGACGCACAACACACCAAUCGACACGGGUAGCAGCUCGGCGGCGCUGGCAGCUCCAGGGCACAAUGAUCAGCAGGACUCGAACAUUGAUCAGGGUCAAGCCUUUGGCCCCAAUCUUGACAUGUUCAUCACUCCAAACUUGAUAUGGGACUGGCAGCCAAUGGAAACUGCGGUAGGUUCUGGCAUGAAUAGCGAGGGCUUGUUACCGUGGGUGGACACUUCAUAUACUUCAUACGUGGGUGAUUUUAUAUCCUAG